CUCAAAUAUAGCCAUGCAGCGUAUUGAACGGUGAAGUUACAGCCAAUAUAUAAAGGUUGGCGAGACCUCGAACUGUUUAGUCUGUGCUCGCGGCGCGCUGAACCGGUCGGCCUGACCCCGCUCGCAACCUUACUGCACUCACAUAGGAAAUAUGCGGGCAAUUAGUUUUAUAAUAGCCGCUGCGGUGCUCGCGAUAUGUAAAGCAGCAUCCCCGCAACUUCGCUUCGCUUGGAAGCAAGUAGACUAUGCCUGGGACACGCCUGCUGACAGAGAAAAUGCCAUAAAAUCUGGACAAUUUGUACAAGAACAUAAUUUAAUUCUUGGUUUAGCAAGAUGGAAAAAUAAGCUUUUUAUCACUGUUCCAAGAUGGAAGAACGGAGUAGCUUCCUCGCUGAAUUAUGUGGAUGUAGAUGGAGCUCAAGACCAAAUACUAAAGCCAUAUCCUUCACUGAAGGACAACUUGGUCCCAGACGAUGCGAAGGAGCUCCCAUCCAACAGUUCCAUUAUCUCCGUGUUCCGCGUGUAUGUGGACCCCUGUGACAGACUGUGGGUUAUGGAUUCGGGACUUGCUGACAUUUUUGGUGCCGGUAACCAGAUUGCGGGCCCGUCUCUAGUGGUGUUCGAUUUGAACACUGACCAGCUUCUUCAUCGGUAUUUCUUCAAAGUUUCCGAUAUGAAGGAGGAUUCGUUCUUCGCCAACAUCGUAGUGGACGUAGACAAAGACACAUGCGACAACGCUUUCGCGUACAUUCCGGACCUGGGCGCAUACGGAGUUGUAGUCUACAGUCUCAAGCAGAACGACUCCUGGCGAAUUGCCCACCACUACUUCCACUUCGAACCCCUGGCUGGCCAGUACAAAGUCGGAGGCAUCGAGUUCCAGUGGACCGAUGGAGUAUUCGCGCUUGCUCUGUCUGAGCCGAGGGAACAAGGGUAUCGGACAAUGUUUUUCCACGCAUUCUCGAGCACGAAGGAGUUCUGCGUGUCAACGGAGCUGCUGCGUAACUACACACACAUCGAUAAGCACGAGGCAUUCCACGAUUUCAAGCUGCUUGGUGACCGCGGAGAACGCACUCAGUCUUCGGCCAGCUUCUACGACCCCAAGACUAGUGUUCUCUUCUACACACAGGUGAACAGAGACGGCGUAGGCUGUUGGAACGUGAACAAGCCCUACACGCCGGAGACCAACCCUCUGCUCUUCAGCGACCCUAUUCUUUACGAAUUCCCCAACGACUUGAAGGUGGAUGAUGAAGGCACGCUUUGGCUGCUCACUGACAAGCUGCCGCGGUUCCUGUACAAGUCUCUGGACCCCAACGAAGUCAACUUCAGGAUAUUCAGCAUCAACACCACGGAAGCCAUCGCUGGCACCGCCUGCCAAUAAUCCUACUUCACAGUUGUACCAGUGUACACCGAUUUAUAGCGUGUAAUCCAACUUCGAACAAAACAUGUAAGGAUCUUGGGUAGAAACAAAAGACACGCGACCUAAGCGGCUAAUGUGUUUCAGAUUUUGAAUUUCGAAUGAAAAUAAUAAAUUUUUCGAAGUUGGACUACUGGGUCUAAAAUACUUAUUCCUUAUAGGUACAUACUGUGAUUGUUUUUUUGG